GUAGCCGAAGGGCACUGACCACCUGUCGCUCCAUGUCCAUGAACCCCACCUUCAAAAGCAUGCCCAGGUCCCACAUAAAGCCAAGCCGGAAGCCUGGUUUUGCCUUUCACCGGUGGCAAGCCACAAGAACCUAGAAGGCACUUCCACACUGGCGCCACAGGCUUAAGCUUCAGAACCCUCCUGGCCAGCCUGGCCAGUGCACGCUCCACAAUGGAGCAACGUCAGGGUUGUGGCCUGUGGCAUCUCCUUGGUUGACAAUAGCGACGGGACCUUCCAGGGUGUCUAGCAGCUGGCUGUUCAACGACACAACAACGCCUGCGACGACAAGAUAGCGACGACAACACCGACGGCCAUCACUCCAUUGCUUUGGGUAAUGAGAGUACUUGUAGCAACAACUACGAUUCAAUCCGCGUCCUAAAGUCUCUCAGCCCGACCGAUCCCCCCCAAUCGCUCUCGACGGGAGCUCCUGCGAAGCGUUCCCAUCGCCAUCCCCAUACCGUCACUGUACCAUGGCUUCAGCCAUCUUCUUUCUCGACCUAAAGGGCAAAACCCUCCUCGCCCGAAACUAUCGUGGAGAUAUACCCAUGUCAGCCGUUGAAAAGUUCCCCAUCCUCCUCAGCGAAGCCGAAGAAGAGUCGUCGGCCGUCCCCCCUUGUUUCUCCCACGAGGGUAUCAACUACCUCUACAUCAGACACAAUAACCUCUAUCUACUCGCCCUGACGAAACGAAACACCAAUGCCGCCGAGAUUCUCCUUUUUCUCCACAAGAUUGUUGAGGUGUUUACCGAGUACUUCAAGGCGCUCGAGGAGGAGUCUAUUCGAGACAACUUUGUCAUUAUAUACGAGCUUCUCGACGAGAUGAUGGACUUUGGCUACCCCCAGACUACCGAGUCCAAGAUUCUGCAAGAGUACAUUACCCAGGAGUCGCACAAGCUCGAGAUUCAGGCUCGUCCGCCCAUUGCUGUCACCAACGCCGUGUCGUGGCGCUCCGAGGGUAUCCGCUACCGCAAAAACGAGGUGUUUCUCGAUGUUAUUGAAUCGCUCAACCUUCUCGUGUCAGCCAACGGCAAUGUUUUGCGAUCGGAAAUUCUGGGUGCCAUCAAGAUGAAGUGUUACUUGUCUGGCAUGCCCGAGCUGCGGCUGGGCCUCAACGAUAAGGUCAUGUUCGAAAACACGGGGCGGACGACGCGUGGCAAGGCCAUUGAGAUGGAGGAUGUCAAAUUCCACCAGUGUGUGCGUCUGUCGCGUUUCGAGAACGACCGCACCAUCAGCUUCAUCCCCCCUGACGGAGAAUUUGAGCUCAUGUCAUAUCGUCUCAACACCCAGGUCAAGCCGCUCAUCUGGGUCGAGUGUGUUGUCGAGUCGCACAGUGGAUCGCGAAUAGAAUACAUGCUCAAAGCCAGGGCGCAAUUCAAGCGCCGCAGUACGGCGAACAACGUCGAGAUUAUUGUUCCGGUGCCCGACGACGCCGAUACACCACGCUUCCGAACCAACGUCGGAUCGGUGCACUAUGCGCCAGAGCAGAGUGCCAUCGUCUGGAAGAUCAAGCAGUUUGGUGGCGGCAAGGAGUUUCUCAUGCGUGCCGAGCUCGGCCUACCCAGUGUGCGAGGUGACGACGAGCAUGGCGGUGGUAUGACGGGUGGCUUCGGCGGGAGCAUGGGCGGCGUGGGAGCUCCUGGUAAGGGUGCCAAGCGACCCAUUCAGGUCAAGUUCGAGAUUCCCUACUUCACCACCAGCGGCAUCCAAGUGCGCUACCUCAAGAUCACAGAGCCCAAGCUUCAAUACCCAUCACUCCCAUGGGUGCGUUACAUCACGCAAUCGGGAGAUAUUGCUGUCAGACUACCAGACGCCGUGUGA